AAUCAAAUCCGAAAUGUCAAAUAUUUCAUACUGCGCCCGAAACGCAAAUUAUUUUUCUUCAGACCAGCAGCGGCGCAUACGGAUUUUGCCCCGAAGCUCGGAUUUCCUUGCCAGUUACCGGAUGAUCUGGUAAAUGAACUCGAAAUACAAGCACGAUUCGAUUCUCAAGAUAAGGCAGGUGUUUCACUGACUAAAACAAUGUUGGUACUCCGCAUCGAAGAAUCUUCGAUAUUUUUUGGCAAAUUGAAAAUAUGCGAUUUUAUAACGCGCCUGGAGGGUGAACAACUAGUCAGCAAGAAGCAUUUUUACGAUAAGCUGAAAGCAUUACGUCAUGCCGGCAAAGAGGUAUGCUGUGAUUAG